AUAUAUACUUUUGCAGCAAACUUUUAGAUCUAUGUUUAUCUGAAGUAAGUGUUUUUAGAUUGAUUCUCGACUCAAAGCAGAGUACAUAGUAUAGUUUGUGUGUUUUGAUGCUACUAUGAAAGUUUUGAGCUGUGGAAAGUCAAAUGAUUGAUACUUGAACUUGAGUUUGGAGAUGGUAUUUGGCAAUCUUUUCUUCUUCAUUGAUAUUUGGUUUGAGAUUUUCAAACUUAUUAUGUUCUUUAGCAUUUCGAGUGAGAAUCCAUAUCAUUCUGUGGCGAGCUCUGAUGAUUGGUGUUAUUAUAGAUCCAACAUUUGUAGGUGAUUUUUACAUGUCAGGUUUAUUUGCUAAAUUUGUUCUCAACAUGAUAUUGAGGUUGCCUUUUUUUUUUUGCUGAUUUAUAUUAGGGCAUUCUGUAGCUAACUAGCUAUUGGAUAUGAAGCAAUUGAUUUUCUUCUGACGCUUUAUUGGUCCGCUCAAUGUUUGAUAUGUGCUGCAGAGGGUCAUAUAUUUCUUUCUCCCUGAAAAUCAAAAACUUCAUGAUAGUAUAUGAACUGUGCUUCUGUCCUUUUCCAAUGUUUUAUUGAUUUGUUAUUCUUCAGUUUCUCCAUAAAAAUAUUCAUUAUACUGUAAUGGGAUUGGAUCUUUGUAGCUAAUGUGGGCAUUGAUGUAAUCAUGUGUAUAUGCAAGAGAAAGGCUAGAUUUUAUAAAAUAUGCUGAUGAAGCAUUAGUCAUGCCGUUUUUUUUGGUUCUUAUUAGCCUGCGGUCGCGGUCCUUAGCAUUUGCCUUUCCUGUUGAUUGGGAAAGCUAGUGUAAAUCAUAAAAUGCUAAGACCUAUGCUUGUUUGUUGUAAGUUCUACAUAUCUGAAAGUGACAACAAAGCUACCCUUGAGUCCAUCGAACAUGUUGCCAAACUUUUCUCUGGAGCGAGAAUUAUCAAUAAGUUUGAAGAUCUAAGCUAUAAUAGUAAACAGAGUUAGUUAUACUCUUGUCUCUAAGAUACCUCCAAAUUUGUCUUCUGGUAACUGCGUUCUAAAAGAUGUUGCUUUUGAAAUGGUUAAUUCUGUUUUGAAAGCAGUUGACUCUAAUGUGCACAGUGGAAGCCAUCCUUGUUUUGGAGUUGUUGAUCACAUUUGCUUUCACCCAUUGGGCAUUGCAUACAAGACGCAAACGACUAAUAUUGCAAGGUUCUUUGCCACAGAAAUUGGCACCAAGCUUGAAGAUGGAACAGCACACGAAUACUUGUGGAAAUAUUUGGGCUUGGUGGUCAAAUUCACUGUAUCUACCUUUGUCUCCAGAUGAAGGGCCAAGUCAAAUCGAUCCAUCUAAGGGCAUUGUUGUAAUAGGGAUACAAAAAGGAUGGACAACUACAAUGUUCCAGUCUUAACAAAAUUUUCAGUUGGUUGUAGAAUUGCUUAACACAUCAGCAAAAGAGGAGUUGGUCUUCCAUCGGUGCAAGCUAUGGCGCUUGCUCAUGGAUAGGAAACCAUUAAGUUAGCUAGCAAUUUGGAACCAAGCAAGGUUGGAGGAGAUCUAGAUCCAGAUUGAAGUUGAGUGCUUUGCUGGGGAAGAAGGAACAGUUGCUGGAACGGGUUACUUCACUGAUUUUGUUUAUUGCUUUUUAGAUGGAGUAGUAUACUAUUGGUUGUUUGAUGCUUUUUACAAAGGCAUAAGAAAGUCUAAAUCAUCUUUAUAUGAUUAUCUCAAAGCUGAAUUUUGGCAUUUUACCUUUGCCUGUAGGUGGGAAGAUUCUUGGGAAAACUAUGAAAAUAUGCUUGCUUGUUGCAAGUUAGACAUAUCAGAAUCCCGCAACAAAGCUACUUUCGAGUCUGUCAUUGAAGGAGCUACAUAGCAGUCUGUCAUUGAAGGAGCUGCAAAGCUUCGUUCAUAUUAUCCACAAGUUUGAAGAUGAAACUUGCAAUAGAAUCGGUUAUACUUACAUGUCUAAGUAAUCUCCUUGGAUUUCUGCCCUUUUUAAAGAUGCUGCUUUUGCAUUAAUUCAAUCUGCUUUGGCAGCAGUUGAAUUUCAUGGGAAUAGUGGGAAUCAUCUCUGUCUUGGAGUUUUUGAUCAUAUAUGUAUUCACGCCUUCAUGAUGCCUCCUUGGAGUAAUCAGCUAAAUAAUGCAAGAUCCUUGGCCGCAGAUAUUGGCACCGAGUUCCUACUUCUCUGUGUGGAGCAGCACAUGAUAUAAAGGACGUACUCUUGAUUGAAUAAGAAGGGAACUUAGCUACUUCUGGCCAAAUGUUGAUAGUUAUACUCGGUAUUUACCUUUGUUUCAAGUCAUGUUGAUCCGUUCAAGGGCAUUGUAACGAUAGGGAGUAUAAGAUUCAUGGAAAACACAGCGUCCAAAUCUUUUGAUAUAUUUUGGUUCAUGUGCCAACCCCAUAUGUUGGGAUUAAAGCCUUGGGUUGUUUUUGUGCUGUCGUAAAAUUGCUAUUUAUCACUAUCAGGGAAAGAGGAGGUGGACUUCCAUUAGAGCAAGGUAUUGUGCUUGCUCUUAGUGAGGGAGUGUUCGAGACUGCUUGCAGUUUGUUGGAACCUAGCAAGGCUGAAGGAGAUCGAGUUCAAAUUGAGUUGAGGGUCUUGCGCUGGAAGAUAUUGGUGUGCUGCAAAAGUAGCAAAUUUAAAGGGACAGAUGAGUAAUGAAUGCCAUUUUAUGAUAAAACAGGUAUAUGUACCUACCUUCACUCUCUUUCUUCAUUGUUGUUUGUUUACAAUUGAACAUAUUUCAGAACAAGUUGACUUGUCCUCCUGCAUUCAUUUCAUUAUUGCUACUUUUACAAGUUUGUUUAUUUCAUUAGGUUCAAACUUUGAAUCACAAUUUCUCUUUUUAAGCAUACAUUACAGGCAGAAAGGUUAAGGUAGAUUGGGAGGACUGGUCGAAAAAAUUAGUACGAAAAUAUGCUUGUUUGUUGUAAGUUACACAUAUCAGAAAGCCGCAACAAAGCUGCUCUCGAGUCUAUCGAAGCAGCUUCUAAGAUCAUGCAUGGAGUGAGGAUGAUCAAUAAGUUUGAAGAUGAGACUUACAACCGAGUUGGUUAUACUCUUGUCUUUCAGCUACCUCCAAACUCGUUUUCGGAUGUUUGUCCUCUAAAAGAUGCUGCUUUUGCAAUGGUUAAAUCUGCUUUAGAAGCAAUUGAUUUAAAUACGCAUAGCGGUACCCAUCCUCGUCUUGGAGUUGUUGAUCACAUUUGUUUUCACCCUUUGACUGAUACUUCUUUGGAGCAAACCGCUAAACUUGCAAGGUCCUUAGCUGCAGAUAUUGGCACCAAGCUUGGAGUUCCUACCUUUCUGUUUGGAGCAGCACACGAUAAAGGGCGUACACUCGAUUCAAUUAGAAGGGAGCUCGGCUACUUCAGGCCUAAUGCUGAUGGUCACACUUGGUUUGGAGGACCGAACUCGCAAUAUUUACCUUUGCGUCCUGAUGAAGGGCCAAGUCAUGUUGAUCCGUCCAAGGGUGUUGUCGUAAUAGGGAGUACAAGAUGGGUGGGCUACUACAAUGUCCCAAUCUUUACAACAAAUAUUUCAGCUGUUCGUAAAAUAGCUACACUUAUCAGCGAAAGAGGAGGUGGACUUCCAUCGGUGCAAGCUGUGGCGCUUGCUCAUGGAGAAGGAGCCUUCGAGAUUGCUUGCAAUUUGUUAGAACCGGACAAGGCUGGAGGCGAUCAAGUUCAAAUUGAAGUCGAGCGUCUUGCUCAGGAAGAAGGUAUGGUUAUUGGAAAGGGUUACUUCACUGAUUUAUCGUUGGACAAAAUAAUCAACACUUUCUUGGAAUCCCGUGAUUCAUCUAUUGACCAUUAAACUGAUUCCUUAAACUCAUCUCAGAGCAUUGCAAUAUUCUCCAAUUUCAGGAGUUUAUAAUUAAAAUAUUUCCUUUAAAUGGGAUUUAAAAUUAUAAAAUGCCUUUGACUACAUACCAUGAAUAAAAAUAACACCCUUGAGAUGGGUUUUGUUAUCCAUUUGUAAUUUUUAUUUAUUAUCUGUUGUAUCAUGUAAUUAUCUUCUUGGUGCAUCCUUGAUCGUUUUGGUUAUAGACUCAUUAAAUCAUGUGCGCUUUUUUUUUUAUAUGAAGUAGCAGAUAAAGUUUUGC